UCCUGCCUGCUUGCAUCUGCACGUGGCCUGUCCGUCUUCUUACUCCGCGACCCAGCGCAGCAGCCAUGGCUCCAGGCCAGCUCGCUCUGUUCAGUGUGUCUGACAAAACUGGCCUAGUGGAAUUUGCCCGAAACCUCGCAUCUCUGGGUUUGAGUCUAGUCGCUUCCGGAGGCACGGCACAAGCGCUCAGGGAUGCUGGCCUGGCAGUCAGAGAUGUGUCAGAGCUAACAGGUUUGCCUGAAAUGUUAGGGGGGGGGGGGGGGCGUGUGAAAACCUUGCAUCCUGCUGUCCAUGCUGGAAUCUUGGCACGAAAUAUUCCAGAAGAUAGUGCUGACAUGGCCAGACUUGAUUUCAACCUUAUAAGGGUCGUUGCUUGUAACCUGUACCCCUUCGUGAAGACGGUGGCUUCUCCGGAUGUAACUGUUGAGGCAGCUGUUGAGCAAAUUGAUAUUGGCGGAGUGACCCUACUGAGAGCUGCAGCCAAAAACCAUGCUCGAGUGACAGUCGUAUGUGAACCAGAGGACUACGUGUCAGUGGCUGCAGAGAUGCAGGGCUCUAAUAGUAAGGACACCUCCCUGGAGACCAGGCGCCACUUGGCCUUGAAGGCAUUCACUCAUACUGCACAAUAUGAUGAAGCAAUUUCAGAUUACUUCAGAAAGCAGUACAGUAAAGGAAUUUCCCAGAUGCCCUUGCGGUAUGGGAUGAACCCCCAUCAGACUCCUGCCCAGCUGUAUACACUGAAACCCAAGCUUCCCAUCACAGUCCUCAACGGAGCCCCUGGAUUCAUAAACUUGUGUGAUGCUUUGAAUGCCUGGCAUCUGGUGAAGGAACUCAGGGAAGCAGUGGGCAUCCCGGCUGCGGCUUCCUUCAAGCAUGUCAGCCCAGCAGGCGCUGCUGUUGGGACUCCACUUAGUGAGGAUGAAGCCAGAGUCUGCAUGGUCCAUGACAUCUAUCCAACUCUCUCGCCUAUGGCCGCAGCAUAUGCAAGAGCAAGAGGAGCUGAUAGAAUGUCUUCAUUUGGUGAUUUUAUUGCAUUGUCUGAUGUCUGUGAUGUCCCUACUGCAAAAAUUAUCUCCAGAGAAGUUUCGGAUGGUAUCGUUGCCCCAGGAUAUGAAGAGGAAGCCUUGAAAGUACUUUCUAAAAAGAAAAAUGGGAACUGCUGUGUUCUUCAGAUGGACCAGUCCUACAAACCGGAUGAAAAUGAAGUGCGAACACUCUUUGGUCUUCGUUUAAGCCAGAAGAGAAAUAAUGGUGUCAUUGACAAGUCAUUAUUUAGCAAUAUUGUCACCAAGAAUAAAGAUCUGCCGGAGUCUGCCCUCAGAGACCUCAUUGUAGCCACUGUCGCUGUCAAGUACACUCAGUCCAACUCCGUGUGUUAUGCCAAGGAUGGACAGGUUAUCAGCAUCGGAGCAGGCCAGCAGUCUCGGAUACACUGCACACGCCUUGCGGGUGAUAAGGCAAACUCAUGGUGGCUCCGACACCAUCCACGAGUGCUUUCCAUGAAGUUUAAAACUGAGGUGAAGAGAGCGGAAAUCUCUAAUGCCAUUGAUCAGUAUGUGACAGGCACCAUUGGUGAGGGAGAAGACCUGCUGAAGUGGAAGGCGCUGUUCGAGGAAGUCCCCGAGUUUCUCACUGAGGCAGAGAAAAAGGAAUGGGUCGACAAACUGAGAGAUGUUUCUGUCAGCUCCGAUGCCUUCUUUCCUUUCAGGGAUAAUGUAGACCGAGCUAAAAGGAGUGGUGUGGCCUACAUUAUUGCGCCAUCUGGAUCUGCUGCAGACAAGGUUGUGAUCGAGGCAUGCGAUGAACUGGGGAUCGUCUUGGCUCACACGGAUCUCCGGCUCUUCCACCACUGAUCUUAGUUUCUGUCAUUU